GACCGGCCUUCAGCUAAACAUCAAUAACACAAUGGUUGGUUUUAUAAGUCACUUCGCUUCUCACAUUAACAAUUUCUAAAGGUUAAAGAAGGGUCAGUCGGGUUCUAAUGAGUGUUUCCUUAGGUUCACGGUACAGAGGAAGGGUCACACUACCACCAGGGUCAUAAAACUACUCCUGGAAAUGCCCACAACUCCUACGAAAGCCUUGUCAAAUGUGUGUUUCCUUAGGUUCACGGUACAGAGGAAGGGUCAGACUAACACCAGGGUCACAAAACUACUCCUGGAAAUGCCCACAACUCCUACGAAAGCCUUGUCAAAUGUGUGUUUCCUUAGGUUCACGGUACAGAGGAAGGGUCACACUAACACCAGGGUCAUAAAACUACUCCUGGAAAUGCCCACAACUCCUACGAAAGCCUUGUCAAAUGUGUGUUUCCUUAGGUUCACGGUACAGAGGAAGGGUCAGACUAACACCAGGGUCACAAAACUACUCCUGGAAAUGCCCACAACUCCUACGAAAGCCUUGUCAAAUGUGUGUUUCCUUAGGUUCACGGUACAGAGGAAGGGUCACACUAACACCAGGGUCACAAAACUACUCCUGGAAAUGCCCACAACUCCUACGAAAGCCUUGUCAAAUGUGUGUUUCCUUAGGUUCACGGUACAGAGGAAGGGUCAGACUAACACCAGGGUCACAAAACUACUCCUGGAAAUGCCCACAACUCCUACGAAAGCCUUGUCAAAUGUGUGUUUCCUUAGGUUCACGGUACAGAGGAAGGGUCAAACUACCACCAGGGUCAUAAAACUACUCCUGGAAAUGCCCACAACUCCUACGAAAGCCUUGUCAAAUGUGUGUUUCCUUAGGUUCACGGUACAGAGGAAGGGUCAAACUAACACCAGGGUCAUAAAACUACUCCUGGAAAUGCCCACAACUCCUACGAAAGCCUUGUCAAAUGUGUGUUUCCUUAGGUUCACGGUACAGAGGAAGGGUCAAACUAACACCAGGGUCAUAAAACUACUCCUGGAAAUGCCCACAACUCCUACGAAAGCCUUGUCAAAUGUGUGUUUCCUUAGGUUCACGGUACAGAGGAAGGGUCAGACUACCACCAGGGUCAUAAAACUACUCCUGGAAAUGCCCACAACUCCUACGAAAGCCUUGGCAAAUGUGUGUUUCCUUAGGUUCACGGUACAGAAGAAGGGUCAAACUAACACCAGGGUCACAAAACUACCCCUGGAAAUGCCCACAACUCCUACGAAAGCCUUGUCAAAUGUGUGUUUCCUUAGGUUCACGGUACAGAGGAAGGGUCACACUACCACCAGGGUCAUAAAACUACUCCUGGAAAUGCCCACAACUCCUACGAAAGCCUUGUCAAAUGUGUGUUUCCUUAGGUUCACGGUACAGAGGAAGGGUCACACUACCACCAGGGUCAUAAAACUACUCCUGGAAAUCUGUUAA